GUUCACUGCCAACCCAUCUUCACAGCAACAAAAAAGCCUCAAUGCUGUAUUGCACCUCUCCAAGAUCUAAACCACUUCCCACUACAGGAUGGGCCACUUCCCAGCCCGGCUGCUACUGCUGGCACUAACAGGGCCGUGCCUGGCAAGAGAGGAGCUGGAAUUAGUGACAGCUGUACAGGGAAGCCCUUUCAGUACAACGUGUUACUACAAUAAUGACAAGUAUUCACCAAAGGAGAAAUUCUGGUGCAAGAUGCUGUCAGACCAGGAAUGCAACAGCAGAAUCUUCCUGAGCAUCCAAGCAAAAGGAGGGGAAUACCUAAAUAUUGCACCAAAAAGAAGGGUCCAUCUAACAAACUCGGGAACAGGCUGGAUUUCUGUGUCCAUGACGGAGCUCCGGAUAGAGGAUUCAGGAACAUACUUGUGCGGCAUUUUGGAUCAUGAGAUGAUAAUUCCAUUGAAAAUGAUUAAAGUGGCAGUUUCUUAUGAUGCUCCCAUGAGACUAUCUACAGAAAAAGGAAGCUUCAUCUCCUUAAAUUGUUCUUAUUUUGUGAUGGACGACAGCAGGAUACCUAAUAAUUUUACCUGGUGCAAAAUGGUAACCGCAACCAGAUGUCAACCUAUCGUCAGCGUUGAGAUCAAUCAGAUUGUUAAUACACAAGGAAGGACCAGGAUAAAGAUCGACCGGUGGAACAGAGUGAUUACAGUGACCCUGUUGGCGCUCCAGCUAUGUGACUCGGGGGAGUAUCAUUGUGAGACCCAUCUCCAGGGAAGUACCGUGCUACUGAAUAUGAUCACACUGAAUGUUUUGGGUGAUGUGCAUUAUGAUACAGUUAAUGAGGCUACUUCGCCUCCCACUAACGAGAGGGAAACCGCCCACCCAACUGUGGCCAGCAACAAGGAGCAGAGAAUUCUUUAUGUUGUCCUGGCACUGGGCUCCUUCCUGGUUGGCAGUGCAUUGAUUGCUAUCAUGGCUAUUAUUUUCACCAAAGGGAGAAAAAGAGUAGGAAACGGGCUGAAUUUUGGUGAACACCCUAACUGCAGACUAGCAGCAGAGCAGAAGGAUGAAGGACACCCCAGAGAUGCCACCCCAGAUGGGGAAUGGAAGAACGGUAUAAUAUAUGCCAUGCUAAGGCUCCAACCCAAGCCAAAGCCAGACGAUGUCACGUAUGCCAACGUGGAGCCUCCACCAAAGCCAAAAGGUGCCAAACAUUCUGCUGAGCCCUCAGCUGUCCUGUUCUCCUCAGGCACCAUGGAGUAUGCAACCAUCAUCUUUGGAGAUUCACCUCCUCGGUCUGGGACUAAAGAGAAACAAAGUGUCCCUAACUGA